AUGCUGUUAGCUGCAUAUACGGGGGCGCGUGGUUACAAUGAAAGGCUGCUAUUGUUACGCCCGAGUGUCACUGCUGAAGUGCUACUCGAAUGGCGCACACUUCACCCAUACAUAUUCCAUUUCACCGAGCGUGUACCCCCUUGUACAAUCUGGGGUACAUCGGUUCGGUUCGGUUCAGAGGUCUACAUAAUUUCGCGUACCUGGAACCGAAUUCACCAAGAAGCUCAAACCAGGAACGCGAGUCACCAUGGACGAAUAUGCAAAUGCCAACGGGGAGGCCAGAGGGCGCUUCCGAAGCACCAGGCCCGGGGCGCGGAGCUAGCUAGUGAGCUUCGGCACGGUGGCCUUGGGCCUGUCUCGAAGGUCUCGGUUUCUCGCGCCAUCGGAGCGAGUCGACAGACGCACUGCCACGAAACGCGCUCUGAGCGCAACCAACACCCGGUCUUACCCAAUGCAAUUGAACUUCCUGCACAGGAAGUCAUUUUGAGUGCGCGCUCGCGGUCAUGCUACUUACCUGUAACAAAAGUGUCAUCGCCGUGGAGUAGUCCUUGUUUUGGCUUCCCGCAGCCUCUAUCCUGCCCGCUUGCAGCCGUUCAUACAGAACCGAAAUAUUAAGCAGGUCAGGAGGUCACGAUAUUCCUGACUAUAAUAAUACCACCAAGACACCUCAGGCAUGCCGGCUGCCCAGGUUUUUCCAGCUGGUCCCCAUGCCUCAGAUGCAUUCCCAGUGGUGGGGUAUCCACAAUGGUUCCAAUUUUCG